ACGUGCGUUUACCACUUGCGGUUUUACCCCACUGCGUAUCCACUUGGAAUAUGGAUUCGAGAACUGUGCUCCUUUUCUGCUUAGCAAUGUUCCUUGCGAUACUAAUAGCACAUGUUGAAAGCCGAUCGAAGAAAGUGAUCAUCCACGUCCCGUAUAAAGUCAAGAAGAUCAAACACACACACCUAGUGUACAAAACUAUCCAUCACCAUCAUAAACAUCACGACAUGGGCUUGCAUCACGACAUAGGAUUGCUACCAGAAGAGCAUGAGCACUUUCACCACAUGCACCUCCAUGACGAGCCAGUUCUAUCCCACAGCCAGCCAGUUCCGACUCUCACAAUCCCCGAGUUCCUACCAGACUUACCCAUCAAUGAUCCCUUGGACUUGCCAGAGUUGAACGACAUACCUUUAUUCCAGAAGCAAAGGCCAGCACCUUAUUACAAAAGGGACUAUGGAUCGGAGCCCAGAAAUCAAAUACAAGGCGGACAAUACAAUUGAGAAAGAAGUAUUUCAUUAGAUUGAAAAAAAAACUGAAGAUUAUUAACGAACAUUUAACUUUUACAACUCAAAAUUAACGCCAUAAAUUGUC